GCAGCUCCCAGCCGCUCCCAGUCCCCUCUGGUCCGUGCCGGUGGCCGCUGCCCUGCCCUCAGUGAGACCAGACCAGACAGCUGCUCACAAUGGUGCACUGGAAGCGCGACCUUGACCUUUACACUAUCGGUCGGCCCCUCGAGCGCAAUGCCGGCUUCUGGCUCGACUACAUGAAGGGACUCAAGGGGGAUCACGGUGACCUGGGGCCUCGGCGGCUGCCGGUGGUGCCUCGGCCGCGCGCGCGCAGCCUGCCGCGCUGGGCCGAGCCGAACAGCCCGUUCGACCGUGACCCGUUCCGCGACCCGUUCACCGACCCGUUCUUCGCCGACCCGAUCGACACGUGCGGCCUGCCGCACAGCCCCGCCUACGACGACCUGCGCGCCAUCAUGGACCGCGCCCGCAAACGGUUCCGCGACCGCCGUUUCGAUGCUGAGCGGCGCGCGCUGGACCUGUAGGGCGGAGGCGGCGGGAGAGACGGGGGCGGCGAGGGGAGCGGGGCAGGCGGCCGCCGUCGGACGGUGCGGUGCUGCGCGCCGCC